AGUCACAAGACCACUUAGAACAAAAUGGCGGUAAUAAUAACAAGGCUGAUUUUUUGGGCGGUUAUUAUUUGCCUCUUUGAAUCAAUUUUAUCAAUUAACCCGCACAAGAGAAGACUGUCAGCGUAUAAUCCUGCAAUAAAAAAUCUUCUUCCAAAGGGUUAUUCUUACCAGACUAAAUAUUACAACCAGCAGAUUGAUCAUUUUGGAUUUGUCAAUGAGGAUACAUAUGAACAAAGAUAUUUAGUAUCUGAUCAAUUCUGGAAUAAAAAUGGAGGACCAAUAUUUUUUUACACUGGUAAUGAAGGUGAUAUCGCUUGGUUCUGUAACAACACAGGUUUUGUUUGGGAUACAGCACCUGAAUUUGAAGCCAUGAUUGUGUUUGCUGAACACAGAUUUUAUGGAGAAUCUAUGCCCUACGGUCCUGAGUCAUAUAAGGAUCCAACUAAACUAAAUUUUCUGACAUCAGAACAAGCUUUAGCAGAUUUUGCUACAUUAAUAGAAUAUAUAAAAUCUACUACCCCUGGUGCUAGUAAUAGUCAGGUUGUAGCUUUUGGUGGAUCCUAUGGUGGUAUGUUAUCAGCUUGGUUCAGAAUUAAAUAUCCUAAUGUAGUUAUAGGUGCUCUAGCUGCAUCAGCACCAAUAUGGCAGUUUCACAAUCUGACACCAUGUUUAGCUUAUGAUCAAACUGUAACGAAGACAUUUAGUUAUUAUUCUGAUAAUUGUGUUGAUAACAUCAAUCGUGUUUAUUCUACAAUAGAUAAUAUGGUUAAAUCAGGUGGAUCUGCAGCUCUGUCGUUUCUAUCAUCAACUUUCUCUUUAUGUCAACCGUUAAAAGCAAACCAAAUAGAUACUCUAGAGGGAUGGUUGGAGAAUAUAUGGGGUAAUUUAGCUAUGGUUAAUUAUCCUUAUCCAGCUAGUUUCUUAGAACCAUUACCAGCUUGGCCAGUACAGGAAGCUUGUAAACCUCUCUCCACAAUUCUAGAAGAUAAACUAUUAGUUACGGGAGUAGCUAAAGCUGUUAAGUUUUAUUUUAAUUCUACUGGUACAGCUGAAUGUCUCAAUAUAACACAGCAAGCCACUGGUAGCCUUGGUGAUGCUGGAUGGGGAUACCAAUCCUGUUCUGAAAUGGUGAUGCCAAUGUGUUCUGAUAAUACAACUGUAUUCCGUCAAACAGUCUGGGAUUACACAGAUGUCUCAGAAAACUGUUAUAAACAGUUUAAAGUAAGACCAAGAAGAGAUUGGGUCAUCACCAAUUAUUGGGGAAAGUCCCUUUCUGCAGCUAGUAAUAUCAUAUUCAGUAAUGGACAGUUUGAUCCUUGGUCUACUGGAGGUGUUUUAGAAUCUUUAUCAGAUUCGAUUAUAGCUAUACAUAUCAAACAAGGAGCACAUCAUCUUGAUCUUAGAGCAGCCAAUAAAAUGGACAUAGAGGCUGUCAAAGCUGCUAGAAUCCAGGAAAAGAAAAUCAUAAGACAGUGGCUCCAGAAUUGAAGCUAACAAUGUAGUUUUUCUAAGUCUGAAAGGAGUAUUAUCAUUGCUAUCAAAAUAUAAUUUUGAAUACCAGUAAUAGAAUAUUCAAAAUAACUUUAGACUAUCGAAAAACUACUGAACUACUUCCAAAAGUGAAAUUCCUUGAAAACCUUUUGAAUUUGUAUAACUGGUAAAUUGAAAUUAAACUAUUUGUCUCCCAGUGAUUGCUUGGCAGGUUUGUCUCAGAAUUUAAAUGCAAUAAAAUUUGAAAAUGCCAGAUGUAAUUGUAUAGUCAAAUUAUAUAUAUCUAAUUAUGGUCUUGUCAUGUUAAUUAAUGUCAAAUUAAUAAUUUAUAUAACAUUUUAGGCCUAAAGAAAGACCUGCAAUAGGCAAAUUUAGCUCUUGAAUAAUGUAUCUUUAAUAAACCUAUUUAAUUCACUGAUGGCGACAUUUCCUAAAUUCCUGAAGUUAUUAUGAAUGGCAUACUGUGGAUAUCAGUGAUAAAACCAAGGCUUUGAUUUAAUCUUUUUUUAUUGAGAUAUUAUUAUAGGAUUGUUAAAGUUACAUGUGGAUCUACCGGUACUUAUUUUAUAUCCACUCAUAUUGUCUACCUUUAUUUACCAAAUCUCUUUGUUUGUUAAAGUAACUAGUUUAAUUUAAUCUCAACUCCUAAUCUCUGUAUUUUAUGAAUAAAUAGAAUAAUAUAUUUUUGUAAUUAUUUGGUAAAAACUAUAUAAAUUAAUUUGUAUUAUUUAUAGUAAUUUAUGACUGAUGAGUAAUAUUAAGUUUCUGGUCAUCACUUUACUUAAUUAACUGGCAGAGCUGUGUAUUGCAACUUUCAAAGAAACCAUUUUGCAGACCUCCAUUGCAUUUAGGAAUUAUUGUGUGCUGAUUUGAAAUCUCAGUUCAAGAAAUUAAUGUCUAAAAUUGCCAAUAAUUUACACUAACUCUUGUUGGGUUAUUGUUUGCUUGAACUUUAAUGAACUAAACGAUAAAAAGUGUGUUUUGGUACCAACUGAAUGAAUACAAGCAUCAAAGUCUAUUUGAAAACAAAAUAAAAUUAAAGUGAAAAUAUUGAUGUGCCAAAUUUUGUAUGGUGAAACAUACUGCAAUAUUUUGAUACUCUAUAAUUUCUCACUUAAACUGCAUUUGUUACUUAGGCUAUUUUUGUUACUUAGACUCUAUUUGUUACUUAGGCUAUUUGUUACUUAGACUCUAUUUGUUAUUUAGGCUAUAUAGUUUACUUAUGACUCUAUUUGUUACUUAGGCUAUAUUUAUUAUACAUAAAC